AUGUCGUCUCUUUCACAAGGUCAAUAUCUGGCUAUCCUAUGCGAACACCCUCCAUUUCUUAUACGCUCCCUUUCAACUGCCCCAGAUAGGAUAUCCUCGUCAGUCUAUCCCAAUUUUCUUCUCCCUUUCAUGAUUACAGACAUUUCUUUUCUUUUGAUAUUUUCCAUUUAUCCUUAUCUUACCGAUUUGCCAUUGAAGUUUUUAGUUAUUCUUUUCGUAGUUUUUCUUUUUUCACUCCUAAGCAGAUCUGUUGUUUAUUUUAUUGCUGUUAAGAUUAUUCUUCUCUUAAUACGACCAUUGCUAUUAUCACAUUUCUUAUUUAUUUUCCCACCUUUUCCUUUCCUUUUUCACCACACAUUUCUUUUCUUCCUAUAUUUCUAUUUAUUCUUAUCUAUCCUCUACCUCAUGGAAAAUUUGCUUUCCUUUCCUUUCUAUGUGACUUUUCUGAGAUGA